AUGUCAAAUCAACUACCAUCCACAUCAGACGUGACUAAUUGUUCAAUGACGGGCAACAACAAUCUCAUUGACUGUAAGACAAUUGAAACAUUCAAAUGGACUCCAAGACUUGAAAAAUGUUUGCUACAAAACAUGAUGGGUCUGAGGAUUGGUGGAAUUAACAAACACUUAACUAUGCUGCUACUAAAAGAAAAAAUGCAUAAACAAUUAAAACUUAAUAUACCGAUUAAAGUUCUAUGGGAUUAUGUGUCAGCUAAAUGGGAUAUUAGAUUUGCUGAUUUAAUGGAACGUAUAAGUUUUGAUACUAGACAGAAGGACUUUGUUUUACCAGAAGAUUUUGACCAGUUAAUUGAUGAAGAAGGAGAAAAAAUUAAAAAUCUAAAUAAAGAAUGUUUAAGUGAUGAAAUUAAUGAGAGGAAAUUAUUAAACUGGAGUGGUACAAAAAGAUCCAAGUCAAAUUCUUUGUCCUCUGUUGAAUCCGAGGAAGAUCACAAUAAGACAAUUCCUUCAACAUUAUUACAAAGCUCCCCAGCUAAAACAUAUGAAGUUGGAUCAGAUGAAGGUCCAUGUACUAGUAGAUCUUUGCAUUCAAAUGACAAACUUCAAAAUAGUAAAUCUGAUGAAAAAAACAAGUUAAAAGAUUUGAAACGGUUAAAUAAAAAAACAUCAAAUAAGAUUGAAGUCAAACCUAAAAUACGUAAUAGAAUGACAUCUGAUCUAUUAGUAGUUCAACAAUUUCUAAAUAAUGUGGAACCACUAGGCAGACGCUCUUGUAGCAAUACAAAUUCAUAA